AAUACAUACAUAUGUGCACGCAUGUAAUAUACGUUUGUUCAAUAUUCAUUUCUGACCAUUUUAAACAUUAUUAAAAUAAAUAGUGUAUCAUUUCACGUUCUUGCUGUAAACAAGUUUAUAGAAAAUGCCGAAAUCAAAAGAAUACGUGUUCACCGACGAUGAUAUUAGUGAUGAGGAAGUAAAAAUAAAAAAGAAGCAAAAAAGAGAAAUUGAGGACAAAGAAGAGAAAGUAUUAAAAAAGCCAAAAAAAGAGUCUAAUAAAGAUGAAGAUGCUGUUUGGGAUUUGGGAAAUAAUCGUCAAAUUAGUGUAAGAGAUUUUAAAGGGAAAUUAUAUGUUGACAUUAGAGAAAUGUAUUAUGAUAAAGAAGCAAAUUUAAAGCCUGGGAAGAAAGGUAUUUGUUUAAACAUGACCCAGUGGCAAAAAUUAUUAUCUGUUAUGGAUGAUGUGGAUAAAAUAGUAAAGUCUAAAUCUUGAAUAUCUAUUUUCUUAUUUAAUAGAUAUUUCAGUGGUUUGAGAUUAUUGAAUACAUUAACAUGUGUUUUUCUUCUUGUUUAUGAACAAAGUAUAUAUGGUUUUCACAUGUAAUUUUAAUUUACAGUCGUGUAUCAAUUCAUGUUACAUCCAUUAAA